AUGUCCUAUGAAGAUGUCUUACAUCGUGGGGACGAUUUUUUGAACCAAUAUCCUCGAAGAAGUAGAGCCUGGAGAUUUUUCUCAUAUAGUACAUCUGUCUUUGUGAUCGGUGUUUCAAAAUUGAUCAUUAAGACUUUUUACUCCGUAAAACUUAAUAAUUAUGAGAAUUUAACCUUGGCCAGACAAAGGUCUCAAAAUGAAAACAGAGGACUCAUGACUGUGAUGAAUCACAUGUCAACAGUCGAUGAUCCGUUCAUUUGGGCUACAUUACCAAUGUCUAUUUAUUCCUCAUUAACCAAUAUGAGAUGGUGCCUGGGAGCACACAAUAUUUGUUUUGCAGGUAGAAUCAAAUCUAUGUUUUUCUCUGCUGGUCAGGUACUUUCAACCGAGAGAUUUGGUGCAGGCCCAUUUCAAGGUGCUAUUGAUGCAUCUAUUAGAUUACUAAGUCCUGAUAAUACAAUCCCUUAUACUCAAACUAGAAACUUAAAUGGAACUAUUAGUAAAUAUUUACCUCCAAUAGUAAGGGAGAAGCCUUCUUGGGUUCAUGUUUAUCCUGAAGGAUUUGUAUUACAAUUACAUCCACCAUUUCAAAAUUCGAUGAGAUAUUUCAAAUGGGGGAUCACCAGAAUGAUCCUUGAGGCUACCAGACCACCAAUUGUUUUACCUAUUUUUACUACCGGGUUUGAAAACAUUUUGCCAGAAGAUGAAUCUAAAUCAGGAUUCAAACAAUUUAUCCAUAGUAUUGGUACUAAAAUUAACGUUUCGUUCGGGAAGCCUCUAGAUGACACCAUUGUUGAUAGUUAUAGAGAAGAAUGGAAUAAUUUGGUUCAAAAGUAUAGGAGACCCGGAGAAACCGAUCUAAACGAUGAAUUAAAGUUUGGUCCAGAAGCACAAGACAUUAGAAGUAGAUUGGCCGGCGAAUUAAGAUCUGCUGUUGCUAAUAUUCGUUCCGAACAACCUGAUUUACCAGAAGAGGAUCCUAGAUUUAAAAAUCCAUCAUGGUGGAAACGUUAUACACAAACUGAAGGCCAAUCAGAUCCAGAAGUGAGAUUCAUUGGCCAAAACUGGGCUAUCAGAAGAUUGCAAAAAUUUUUGAAUAUCGAACCAGCUGGAAAAGUCGAUAAAACAGAUCCAACUUUAAAUAAGGAAAAGGAACAAGAAACUAGUGCAACCUUAAGUCCGAAAUCUAAAUCUGAUUUUAAUAAAAAGAAUAACUAG